AUGGCGCCCGCAGAGCCCAAGUACUUCACCUGCACUCUUGGUGAGGCAGCCCUAGCAAGACAGCGCGACUGCUCCGGCGAGGCUUCGUUCUCGUCUAUCAUCGACGUGAUAGACUGGCAAGCCGAGCACAGCACCAGCUCGCCCGCCAUCGGGUUCGCCGAUCUGGGACCCAAGCGCGACGGCGCAGAAUCGUCGGUGUGCCGCCCGGUGACAUUUGGAGACCUCGGCGACCUGUCGGUAGUCGCGGCUCGCACGCUCGGAAACCACAUUGGUGCGAAGGCGAAUGGAGGAGGCGCUGUUGGGCUGCUCUGUGGGAGUAGCCUCGAAUUCGUCUUGACAUGGCUUGGGUUACUGCGGCUGGCCCAUCCUGUGCUGCUCCUCGCACCGCAGUUGGAGCCGCGAGCAAUUGAACACCUGUGCCAUCAGCUCGGCGCACGCCUUGUGAUUCAUGAUGGCCACCAUGCGUUGACGGCCGACAAGAUUGGCAGCGGGAUUGAGAUCCUUCCAGUCCCUGCGUACGCCGCCAUUAAUGGAUCCCGUCGCGACGAUGACCCCUCCGGCGCUGCGCCCGCCGUGGCAGGGGCACCGCUGGCUGAACCGGCCUUCUACUUCCACACGUCUGGCACUUCCACGGGCCUGCCAUCGCCGAUACCGCAGAGCCACUCCAUGGUGGAAGCCCUGCCUCGCUUUCGCGACCGCCGCAACCAACCAGCGACUUUUUCAACGACGCCGCUGUAUCAUGGCGGUCUUGCGGACUGCCUGAGGGCUUGGACGAGCGGGGCUUUGAUAUGGUUCUUCCCGGAGGGCCAGAGCCCUAUGACGGCUCGGAACAUCACUGAGGCUGUUCACUUUGCCCGUCGACAAAACAGCGGGAUACCACCCAGACUGUUUUCAUCCGUCCCUUACGUGCUGCAGAUGCUUGCCGAGGACAAAGAUGGUCUCUGCCUCCUCUUGUCAAUGGAUCUGGUCGGAGUCGGUGGCGCCGCGAUGCCCAUCGCCACUGGGGACAUGCUCGUGCGCGCUGGCGUCAAUCUGCUGUCACGUUUUGGCAGCGCCGAGUGUGGCUUCUUGCUCUCGUCGCAUCGCGAUUAUACGGUGGAUAAAGAGUGGGAGUAUCUUCGCGUCCGCGUAAACGCCGGUUUCCUGUGCUUCGAGCCCCGCGAGGAUGGUCUGUCGGAACUCGUUGUCAAGCCGAAGUGGCCGUUCCGAAGCAAGACGAACCGAGACGACGGCUCGUAUGCCACGUGUGACCUCUUCGAACCCCAUCCGCAGACUGCAAACGCAUGGCGGUACCACAGCCGAGCAGACUCCCAGAUCACCCUCGCCAACGGCAAGAAAUUUGACCCAUCGCCAAUAGAAACUGAACUGCAAUCAGCGACGCCGCUGCUGCAAGACGCCUACGUCUUCGGGACGGGCAAGCCUUGCGCAGGAGCCCUGCUCUUCCCCCGUCCGGGCGCGGCCUCGGAGUCCAUCCUCGCUGCCAUCCGGCCCGUGCUCCUCCGACUCAAUGCCCGAAACCCCGCCCAUGCACGAGUCGAGGAGCCUAUGCUCAGCGUGGUGCCAAGCAAGGCGGGCAACAAGCGGCUUCCGAAGAGCAGUAAGGGCUCGAUCUUGCGACAUCAAGCCGACGCCAAGUACGCGAGCAUCAUAGAAGGCGCCUAUGAGGCCCCGCGUGCCGCGCGGGACGCAUCAAUCGUGCAUGUUCAGGCUGGCGACCUGCCUGUCGCUGUGUCGGACUGUUUCCACGACGUGCUGCACCGCUCAGUCGACCCCGACAAGGACUUGUAUCGGCAGGGCGUCGAUUCAAUCGCUUGCAUUCAGAUUCGGAAGCUUAUUGAGGCGAAGAGCCUGGUGCCAGCAGAUCACGAGCUUCCUCUAAAUGUGAUCUACGACCAGGGCACGGUCACUAGCUUGGUGUCGUAUCUGCGGCGCAUUCGCAAUGAGCGGUCUGGCGUGGAGCAGGAAAGCGAUCGCGAUCAGCUGGCUUACAUGAAGUCGCUGGCACGUCGAUAUGGGCUGUCACCCAACCUGGCACGUAGCCCGGGGUCGCUGCGAAGAUCCAAUGUAGUCUUACUAACGGGCGCAACCGGGUUUCUCGGGGCCUAUCUUCUUGGACUUUUGCGCCGACGGCAGGGCGUUUCCAGGAUCUACUGCCUGGUCAGAGCAUCAACCGGGGAAGAGGCGCGCGACCGCGUGUCUGAAAGCCAGGUGCGCCGUGGCUUUCCCGCGUUGCCACGGGGUGACGAUGCGGGCAGCGCACCUUGCCAAGUAGUCUGCCUCCCUUUCGACUCUGCGAGGGACCAUCUCGAGCUUGCGGCGGGAGACAGGCAGAUGGUAGUCGAAGAUACAACGGUAAUCAUCCAUGGCGCCUGGCCGGUCAACUUCACGCUGCCUCUGUCUUCGUUCGAGAACCAGUUCUCGACUCUCUCGGAGCUGCUCGCGCUGGCGGUCGAGAACGAUGCACGCCUAUACUUUAUCAGCUCUGUGGCGGCAGCGAGCUCGACCGACGCGCCUAGCAUCACAGAAAGAAUUUCAGACGACCCGUCGCACGCAUCGGCUUUGGGGUACGCCAGAUCCAAAUGGGUUGCCGAGAGGAUGUGCUCAGAAGCCAAUCGGAUACUGGCGCAAACAUUAAGCAAAGGGCAGCCAUCGGCAGCAAUGGCAUCGGUCAUCCGGAUCGGCCAGCUAUGCGGCGACCGCGCAACGGGCGCGUGGAACGGCAGCGAGGCGUAUCCCCUCAUGCUCUCGGCCUCGAACGCCGUAGGAUGCCUGCCCGACCUGCCCCAUGAGGGCACGAAUUGGCUGCCGGUGGACGUUGCAGCAAGUGCAGUCUUGGAGAUUGCGAUUUCAGGACAGGCAAGAGACGGCCGCGACGGCACCUACAGAGCUCGUGCAGGGGAGACGAGCGGCGGGGAACUGGCAACACCAGUGUACCACGUCGCGAACCCGGACGCUUCCACGUCGUGGCGUCAGAUGCUGCACUGGAUCGCGGCCGCGACGUCGCUGCCUCGUGCGCCGCGCCGCCUGGUCGUGGUUUCGCCCGACGUUUGGGUGCAACGGCUGGAGAGGGACCUGGACGCAGAGCAUCCUGCGCACGGCUUGCUGGGCUUUUGGAAGCAACUGUUUGACGGGAAUCGUUGCGGCGGACUUGGGGACAGUGGCCAGAUUCGUGACACCGAGGCGCCACAGAAGCUGCCGUCGCUUGAGGUCAGCCGGGCUCGGCAGGCCGCAGAGAGCAUGGGCGCUGUGGCUCCCCUGGACAGAGACGCGACGCUGCGGCUGUGGAGCUGGAUUCAGGCCAACGUCGGGGCACAUCAUUCAUGA